AGGCGGCUGAGAAUAUAGCGCUUUGGUGUACAGAAAAAUCUAAAAAACUGGACAAUUUGGCAACAGUUAUGAUGCUAUACAGCAGACGCUCGUUCAGCAAAGAGAAUCUCCAGUGGACUAAAUGUGUUGUCAAAUACCUAUACGACGCCUAUUCGCACACUUUUCUCAAUUUGGUGUCAUUUCUCGUUGAGGUGGCAGAAAAGGGUCCUCCGAUUCUGUUAACGCACAUCUUAUCGAUACUUCACUGUAUGCUUCUCUACAUAGACUUGAGUUCGACGACAACCAUCAACAAUGAUAUUCUCAAAGUGGCCACAAAAUACAUAGAAGGCUCGCAAUGGAAAGACGCGCUCAAAAUUCUCAAACUGGUGGUCACCCGUUCGUCCACUUUAGCCACGCCUCCAAUUUAUAACAUCGCCGCCACUUAUGCCAACUUUAAUAUGGGUCCUCAAAGUGCAUCCUAUUCUGUGGACUGCAUUAGUAUCGCUUCGGGAACUUCUUUCGCGGACUCGGAGUUCAGUUCGAAGCGCGAACUGCCCGGUCGUACGAUGGACUUCACGUUCGACUUAAACCAAACGCCAAUUGUUGGCCGAAAAUAUCUCAUUAAGAAUAAUGAGCCCAAAAAUAAUGAAAACCGUUCGGAAAAUAGUGGCCUCGAAAUGGCGGAAGCGAUUCACGAGAAGAUGCCAUCGGAUGAUAAGGAUGUGUUGGUGUCGUCUCCGCGACGAAGUCUGUCACAUAACCAUUCGUUUAACGAGAGCAGCAACAACUGGCGCCGGCCGUGGCUCUCGCAGUCUCGCAUUCGUGAGCGACUCAUCGGUCUAUUGACUAGUUGUGGACAACGCGUUGGAUUACCUAAAAGCCCAUCCGUUAUAUUCAGUCAAAACAGUGAUGUCGUCGAUCGCAAGUCAUCGAUGGCCAGCAGUACCGAAGAGAUUUCGGCCACAAAUAAUGACGCCUCGGGUGACAGCAAACUGGAAGACGCGACUCACGGAGAGUUCGCUUUGUUUAAAGAUUUCGAUUUUCUUGAGUACGAACUCGAGAGCCAAGAGGGCGAGAGUUUGGAUAACUUUAAUUGGGGAGUCAGACGACGAUCGCUCACCAAUUUGGAGACCUCUGAGAGUGACAUCAAAACCAAUAGUCCUCUCAGAACUGUGGGCUCUAUAUCUAGUCUAAGGAACGACGAGUUGUCUUCCGACGAAGAGGGAGAGAGUGUUUCCCCACUUUAUGAGAUGUCGUCAGAUAUGACACUACAAACUGGUUCUAUGUUUUUGCCAAACGCUUUGCCGCUUCUGGACUCCGAUAGACACCGACCGCCGAGUAAUCUUUCGCACAGCUCUUCGCCCAGUUUGGGCAGUGAAGGAGAACAGAUAUGACACU